CAAUAGCGCCAGCGGCACAAUAUGAAAGCAAAAGUGCGAAACGAGUGGCACUGUCUGCAGCAUUCAUAGGCAGACAUAUUGAAAUUGAGAAAACAUUAUUCAUUCUUGUAGCAGCCGUCUAUUAGUCAAGCGUCGUGUUGAAAUUUGCGUCUUUUAAGCUUUGCCAAAUAAAAAGUAAAAGUUGUAAAUUUAUUUGAAAUCGUUUGAAUUUCCGUGAAAGAGAGAUUGAAAAAAAAGAAGUGCGACAAAAUGGUUGACAAAAUUGAAAUGAGUUUGGACGACAUCAUCAAGACCAACAAAAUUGGAUUCCGUCGCGGUGGAACAACAAAGAAACAAGUGAACGGAGCUGGCGGUGGAAAUCGUCGCAAGGCUGGUGGAAAGCCACCGCAAAAAUUCCGUGGAACGGCCAAUCGUCAAAUUGGUAAACCAAAAGGACGCUCAUUUGGUGGCGCACCAACCCGCAAAUUUACCAGGGGCGAUGUGAACGGCGCAUGGAAACAUGAUAUGUUUGAGGGUGGCAAAAAGCAACUGUUGCGCGGUGCCGUUAAUGGAUUGAUCAACAGCGGUUCGGCCAAAUUAUUGGUCUCGAACUUGGACUAUGGUGUCUCCGAAACUGAUAUUCAUGAAUUGUUUGCUGAUUUUGGACCAUUGAAAAGUGCAUCAGUUCACUAUGAUCGAUCCGGACGUUCACUAGGAACGGCUGAUGUUGUGUUUGAACGACGUGCUGAUGCCGUAAAGGCAAUGAAGCAAUACAAUGGUGUUCCUCUCGACGGCCGACCAAUGAAUAUUCAGUUGGCAACAUCAGAAGUACCACAACCAGCAGUUCGCACUCCCCGCCCAACAUUCGGUCAAAACAGAAACAACCAAAGUCGCCCACAGCGAAAACCAGCAGGCCCACGACAGGGUGGUGGUGGUGGUGUUGGUGGUAAACGUGGCGGCAAUCGUGCAAACGCGAAGCCGGUUUCAGCCGAAGAACUGGAUGCCGAGCUUGAUGCUUACGUCAACGAUAUGAAGCUGUAAAUUAGGGAAUUAAAAACAUGUUUGGCGUGAACGAACAUAAAGCAUUCAGCAAUCUUCAAAAAAAUCACACAACUCUAAAAUUACAUUUAGAACUUCAUAUUAGGCAAUAAGACUUACUAAUUAUAAAAUCAAAUUUAUGAUAAUUUUUUGAAAGCAAAUGAAGUAACAACAAUAACAAACAUAUAUGUUGGUUAGCCGUUGUUAACAACAUACCCAGCAACACUAUCAAUAAACCGACACCUAGAAUGUUCUUGUUUAAAUACAAUACAGCUAAAUUUGCUCCAAACUUCAGUUUACUACAAUUGUGGAUAGAAAAAUCCAAUUACUUUAAGGAUAGUGUACAACUUAGAGCCAUUUUGAAUUUUUCCUUCGAAGACAAGGAAUUAUACAACCAAUAAUGAGAAAAAAAGAUGUGCUAUUACAAGAACAUGCUAUUACAUUCAUUAGUUGACAAGUUAAACUGAAAAACAGUGUCUUUUGAAAUUUUCGCGAUUACGAAUUUGAAAAGCCGGCAAUUUUUUUUCAAUGAAAUCUGUUUAUUGUUCCCUUCGAUUUUUUUUCAAAGUGCAGCAAAUAAUUCAUGUCAUCACAGUUUCAUUCAAUUUCAUUUUAUGAAUGUAGUUAUAAAGUAAUAAAAUAAUAAUGUAAUGAUUCAAA